AUGUCAUACCAUCAAACUACAUUUCCCCAAUUUCCCCGACUACCUGCAGAGAUCCGACGCUUGAUUUGGAUCCAUGCGCUGCCCAAGGGGCGCAUCCAGCUCUUUGCUAAGAAUGUGCCUUGGAAGAAUUGGCGUCUUCUGCCCCCUGUGAUUGCUCACGUCUGCCAGGAGUCACGGGAAGUCGCGUUGAAUCACUCUGUCGUGAGAGGCUUCCCAACCGCUGAAGAUACUCAGACUACCACGUGGUUUAUUGGAUCCCGUGAUAUCCUCGAACUGCACAGCGGGUAUCCCUAUCCGCUCUCCAACCCGGAACCGUUCUUUUCCGCAGCUGAACAGAUUUCAAUCAACGCGGGCGACUUCGAGGGGGAUAUCAAAAUGGUCAUCAAAGACUUCAUCGAAGGCCAGCUUUUCCAUGAUGUGAAGAUAGUCUACCUCAUAGUUGAGCAGAUAGAGACAGCGUAUUGGCCGCCAUUUCGGCCAGAUAUGACUGAGCAAGACAAGAGCAAAGGAACGAUCAUCGACCUGUGCAGCGACGAGGACAGGAGAAAAAUAGAAGCUUACAAGGCAUGGGCGCGCUUCCAGGAGAUGUCUCCCAUUUUCCCUCGACGAGAAGAAGUAGAGCUGGCUCUAAGGAUGCGUUUAGACAGGAUCAUAUUAGAGGAGAUUAGUCAUCAUCACGAGCGUUUAUUACAGGCCGGAUACCAAGAGGAGCGAGGCGAUAUUAUCUCAUCAUUCCCAAGAACUACACCUAUCAGCCCUAAUCACCCCUGGAUUCUUCGACAAUGGAGACGAUUACCCGAAUUCCGACCAGCAUUGCUGAUUCUUGGGUGGCGGUAA